UCCCUCCUCUGCCUCGCUUUCGUAGUUUCAUCCCGAGCAAAGCAGUACUAUAAGCUAGCCAGGCAGGCACUCGAGUAGACCCCGUCGCAAUAUAUCAAGUUUAUUCGACAUGGCUCGUGGAAACCAGCGUGAUAAGGCCCGUGAGGCUAACCAGAAGAAGUUGGCUGGCCAGAAAUCCGAGAACAAGAUGUCCGGCUCUGAAAUGGCUCGCACCAAGGAAGCCGUCGCUGCCAAGAUGAGAGAGAAGCAGGCCGCAGCCGAUGCCAAGAAAGCUGCCGAUGGUGCCGCAAAGAAGUAGAACUCCCAAGACGGUAUUCAUGAAAAGAUGAUGGGGGUUGGCGACAAGGUUCAGAAACAACUUGGGAAUUCAGAUGAGAGUGUGGAGAAAGGCAUGGUUGCCGGCGUAGAGCCGGCUUUUGUUUUUAGAUCGUGUUUCCUGGAAUUGCUUAUUUCUCUUCAGCGAUGAUUUUAACGGAAAGCGAAUAUUUUCAAAGCAUUCUCAUAUCGUCCUAAACUAUUGCCGUCCUGCUACGUCGUACGAGACCCGUGUCCACGUAUUAUCAGUAUUAUUACGUUGGUAGAGGGAAAUGCUGAGUGGGAGCACAGUGCAGUCAAGGCAAAAAUCAUGUAAUGAAAUGAUUGUCACUUCGUUGAACGCGAACAUGAAUAUCAGAAAACUCAUACAUUUCUCAAAAGUCUACAAUUAAAGCCCACAUCCAAAAAUACGAUCCAGCCAUAUAUCUAUCACCACAUGCAAGAACGGUGCAUCAAGCCUAUCAAGGGCGACGCCGUGGGUACCGCACGAAUUCAAGUUUUGAAACUGCGCCAAUGAAUUUUACACAACGACGAACGAACGAACCACCUCUUAACCCAUCAGUGCAGCCAUUGGUAGCGAGCCUGCCAUGUGUUAGAUCAGGAAUUGUGAGAAGAGAGAGUUGGAGAGAACUAACCAGACAUGCCACCGACAGCACCAACUCCUUGUGCAGCGAGAGGGAAGCUGGAGACACCGCAGAAGCAAGAGCAAGCG